AUGGGCAUCUCAACAGCCAUCACCAUCACCACCACUACCACGGGAAUCGCUACGACGGAGUCCAGCGCCACCAGAAUAAAGGCUCAAUCGCAACCACAGCUAGCAGCCGUCAUGGCCUCGUACCACACCACCUUACAUCUCGACUCCAAAAGAGCCCUCGCGACAAUGGUUUCUGCCUUGCACCUCGGGACGCGCUCGAGCGAUGACUCCUCCUCGUCCGACGAUGAAAAGCCGGUCAGCAAUUUCCUCAACUACCAGUGCCUAUACUUCGAGACCACUAGCAUACCCAAGUAUAUGAACGACCAACAAUAUCUCAUUACGAUAGCAAUGUGGGCAGAACAAUGCAGCGUUGCCGAAUGCAGCCCGCCCAACCAGGGAUGCAGCCGCCGAUCGGAGCCGGGAUCGGACCCUGCUGCAGAGGCUAUGCCCGAAGCAGUAAGCAUCAUCCGAGGAUCCAUGGAAACCAGCAGCCUCGCCGAUCCUUACUUGUUUAUGACAGAAGUGGAUGCCGCCGGAGCAAACCGCGCAAACACUUUUCUUAACCCCACGCCCAAGAUAUAA